AUGUCGUCAGGAUAUCGCGAUAAUGUCGCGGAUAAAGUGGAUGAUAGUGGAGGGAAAGUGGUGACGAUAGCUGAUGAUGACAGUGGGGAUGAUAGUGGAGACGAUAGUGGGGAUGAUAGCGGGGAUGAUAGCGCUGAUGACAGUGGGGAUGAUAGUGGCGACGAAAGUGGUGACGAUAGCGAUGAUGAUAAUGGUGAUGAUAGUGGGGACGAUAGCGAUGACGAUAGCGGUGAUGAUAGUGGGGAUGAUAGUGGAGACGAUAGCGAUGAUGAUAGUGGUAAUGAUAGUGGGGACGAUAGUGGAGAAGAUAGCGAUGAUGAUAGUGGGGAUGAUAGUGGAGACGAUAGCGGUGAUGAUAGUGGGGACGAUAGUGGAGACGAUAGCGGAGAUGAUAGUGGUGAUGAUAGCGGAGGCGACAGGGGGGAUGAUAGCGGGGAUGAUAGCGAUGAUGACAGUGGGGAUUAUAGUGGAGACGACAGUGGUGACGAUAGCAAUGAUGAUAGUGGUGAUGAUAGUGGGGACGAUAGUGGAGACGAUAGUGGUGACGAUAGCGAUGAUGACAGUGGGGAUGAUAGUGGAGACGAUAGUGGUGAUGAUAGUGGGGAUUAUAGCGACGAUGAUAGCGGAGAUGAUAGUGGUGAUGAUAGCGGAGGCGACAGUGGGGAUGAUAGUGGAGACGAUAGUGGUGAUGAUAGUGGGGAUUAUAGCGGGGAUGAUAGCGGUGAUGACAGUGGGGAUGAUAGUGGAGAAGAAAGUGGUGACGAUAGCGAUGGUGAUAGUGGUGAUGAUAGUGGGGACGAUAGUGUUGACGAUAGCGAUGAUGAUAGUGGGGAUGAUAGUGGGGACGAUAGUGGAGACGAUAGCGAUGAUGAUAGUGGUGAUGAUAGUGGGGAUGAUAGUGGAGACGAUAGCGGUGAUGAUAGUGGGGACGAUGGUGGAGACGAUAGCGGUGAUGAUAGUGGGGAUGAUAGCGACGAUGAUAGCGGAGAUGAUAGUGGUGAUGAUAGCGGAGACGACAGUGGAGACGAUGGCGUUGACGAUAGUGGAGAAAAUAGUGGAGAUGAUAGUGGAGACGACAGCGGCGAUGAUAGCGGGGAUGAUAGUGGCGAUGAUAGUGGUGACGAUAGUGGUGACGGCAGUGGAGACGACAGUGGAGGUGAUAGCGUUGAUAUGCCUGCGAUUGCAGUUGAUCUAACGUCGGUUGACGCUUACGCACUCGUCGGCCGGGGUCAUCCUCACAAAUACUCUACUGAGUUUGAGUUUUGGGCGAUUUGGAAGGCCAUGAGCACUGUACCGAAUAGCAAAUAA